UAAGGGAAAAUUAAUAUUGCUGUUUGCUCCUGCUGUUUUUGAUACACUUUGUGUAGUUCUUUGCACAUCGACUUAACAGAUUACCGGUACUUCGUGUAUUAAUCUGUUCAGUAUUUGCACAUCGACUUUAGCUUCCCGGCAGAAUGGCAACGUUAAUUUUUUUAUCGAUAGCCUUUGAUCUCCACGCCACAAUAGCAAGCUUCCGUGUAUCUGUUGACGCACACGUUGGACGGCAUUCAAAACUUGAGCGGCAGUUCAAGUUGUCAACAGCAAUUUUAGACUCACUUUGUUAUCAGCCUCCUGGAUAUUUCGAGUUGCAAACCUUCGUGUUGCUGUAAAAAAGUUAUUCAUUGACCAUCAAGUGACAGGGAAGCCUAAGAUAUUACUUUUUAAGUAAUUUUCCCGCCAUACGCAGACUUGCUCCUUGUAAAAUUAUUGCGUUCAGCUGGGAUUGAGUGUGCCGCUUGGCAAACUCGUUCCCACCACAUCGAGUAGUAUGCUUUACUGCGAUAAUCACUGUUCUGUUCUCUCGUUGAAAUCAAGGUUGAAUGCGGAUCUAGUCUUGGAAUUAGACGCUCCUAAUAUGUAACGGGCCGUGUUUCGUUGCAUGUUUCAUCAUGGUUUCAUAAGGGAACAUUUCUCGACAUUAUGUACGUAUGAUUCUGUACUUCAGCCCAUCCUGUCGUAGUAUUGGGGCUGAGUUCGUGGGCCAUACGCAUACAUAGCCUGUGGAAUUGUACAUAAAUCUAUUGUAAGAUCUUCGGGCAGGGUCAUAUCCCGAGUUUUGCAGAGCAAACCUUUUUAUCGGUGGUAAAAUUUACGAUCAUGGUUGUUUUAGUUUUAUGGUCAGGGGUGGAACACAUACCGUAUGGAGCUCUAAAAGGGAAGUCAGCUUUUCUGCGUGGCCAGCUGUUGUUUUGUCACAACAGAACUGCUGCUUUGGCUGGGCCGUUAUGUUGGGGGAAAUACAGAUUUCAAACAGUCGUAGUUUGACUUUUACAGAUGUAUUCACAACAUGGAGAUACUGGUAACUACAGUUCUUCUUUAUCCGGAGAAUACAAACUUUCAAGAAAUUAAUUGAAGGUGUAAUUUUUUCAAAGUAUCGUAUAAUAAUUCUGUGAAUAUUAAUUGCUGAAUGUAAAAAUAAAAACAAAACCAAGAAACUAAAUCAAAGUGAGGGAAGGUUUUGUAAUGUAGCACUUUCUCCUGCGUUACAAGGAAAUGCACCGACAAUUCUGUUCACAUGCACGCACUCACGAGAUACGAGGAUCAACAUGCUGCUUUAUUUUUAGAAAAUGACACUUGCAUGUAGCCCCUGUUGCAAAUCCCACGUAUAGGUUUUUCUGUUGUCAUUGGGAGGUGACCCGUCGCACUAUUAGAGCAGGGAAACUUUGCAAAUGGAAUAAACAGUUCUCUUGAUUUCUGAAAUCAGCUUCAGGUGCGUGACAGCGGGGCCUAAUUAGUGCGGUGUGCCGGAUGCUAUAGGAAUAGAUCAUAAUUGUGAGCAGGCUCGCAGUGCAGCUUCCUUGUUUCUUCCUCCAUGGCAAUUCACAUACAGUAUGUAAUUCACUGAAUGCGCUGCGGUUUGUGAAGGUUAGGCUUUGGUCAACUCGUCAUUCGUAUGGAGUAUUAGCGAAUCAUGUGCCCCUGGAAAAGUUCUAAUCCCUACAUGGUUGAACUUUGAAGGAAGGCAUGUAGAACUGUCGGCGUGACCUUGCUGUCAUGAGUCACGGAAUCACCAACUUCGUUACUGCAUUGUAUUCGUGGGUUGGUGCAUCACACAGCGUUGCAACGCGCUUGUACAUGUACUGUACAUGUACAUGUACUGUACAUGUACAGUACGUUCAAUUAGAAUACACAGUACACACGUGGGACAAGCGCUUGCCCGGUCACAUUACUGUUGCUCGCAUCCAUCGGACCGUGGUUAGUUUUUUGUUGCCGGUUUUAUGUUUAUCAUUUUAAGCAACAACCAGAUUUUGAGGUUGACAGCCAUUUCUUCUGUGUUAGUGUUUGUUGUUGACAAAUGGCGUUUUUGUGCUGAAGGGUUGGAAAGCUACUGUGACACUUCGUGUGCGCGGUUGAAUAUGCUUUGACCUCCGAAGGAGUUGCUGUUCGUCGAAGCACUGUACAAAGAGGAGGGAAAUGCCCUCUUAUGUGCGUUUUGUGGUGAACAGGUCCAACGCACAACUUGAACCACGACUUUAAACCGCCUUAUCAGGCUGGGGUUUGGAUAUUUCGCUCUGUUUGUUUUAUAAGUCCAACCGCCGCUUGCUGUCAGCACGAUUGCUGUGUGCAUGUACAGGUCCGCUCGCUGUUUAAUGAUCCGUCGCAAGUACACAGAAGAAAGUCGGCAUGUGAAGGACAAUUGCUGUGUGCCAACGGCCUGGGCAAGACAGGUUCGCUGUAUGGAAAUUAAGUUGGUCACACCAGCACGGAAGAAGAGAUCCCUGGAAUGCUGCAGUGGUAGGUAGGCAGACUGCAUCACUGAUGCCGCGGAGGCUGGACCUGUUCUAAAUACCCAGGCCAUGAAUAGGCCGAUCGCGUUUAUGCGCCUUCAAGCUUUCCCACGAUUGUAUUGGUGAUGUUUGCAUAACAAUAUGACUUCUGUGCGAAACAUGGGUUGAAUACGGCAAGUUGAAAUGGCUUUGUGAGACGGGAGAUCUGGCUUAAGUCCACGAUUCCCGCUUCAAUACACAGGCAUCAAAUCGAUAGAAAUUGAAGGAAGGCUGAGUGAUGAUUGACGACAAAACAGCAGAGUGACAUGAACGAAUUGCCCUACCUCUAGCUUCACGAUAACGACGUCUUGGUCACGAUGAACGCCCAAGAUGCCGGUUCGGCCAUCGGCGAUUUUGUCCGUGAAGCCGCGAGCGCGUACCAGCUGUCGUCCGCCGCCUUGUCUACAAGGACCCUGCGGCGAUACCUGGCCUGGUUCAUCUUCGGCAUAGCUGCCACCGUGGUGUUCUGCUUGGGAAUACUGCAAGGGGCCAGCUCGGGGUGGAACUUGCAGCACGCGGAGGUGGUGGGCAGACACGGCCCCUUGCGAGGCGGACCGUGGCACGCGGCCGGAACCCAUCACCAGAGGAGAGAGACCAGGACGAAGCUAGAGCCUCAAUCGGUACAUAUCAGGAACAAAAGUAUGUCAAACCUACCCAUCUUGGAUGCGCUCAGCUUUCAGAGAUUGGAAAGCGUUGUGAAGAACUGGGGAAGGACUGAACCAAAUCUGACAAGCGUGCAGAUCACUAGAUCCAUCCGCAACCAUACGAUCCACUCCAUCUGCCAGGCGGAGCAGCUGAACGACAUCUCGAUGCUGGACGCCGCGGCUCGCGAGGCUCUGACCCACCAGAUCAUCGUGGACGACGAGCGUAGGUUCCUCUACUGCUACGUACCCAAGGUGGCCUGCUCUAACUGGAAGCGGGUCAUCAAGUUCAUGCAAGGCACCCUGGGGGACAUCGGUGCCAAGAUCAAGAUGGACCACAAGAACGGCCUGGUCUUCCUGGACAGCUUCUCAAAGAAGGAGAUCCAGUACCGUCUCCGGAACUACUUCAAAUUCAUGUUCGUGCGCAACCCGGUGGAGCGGCUGCUGUCGGCCUUCCGGAACAAGUUCGGCGAGGAGGCCCUGAGCCAGUACAAGCAGCGGUACGCGCCCAGGAUCAUCCACCGGUACCGGGGCAGCUGGGACGGGAAAGACACCAACAUCACCCUGGAGGAGUUCAUCCGGUACCUGCUGGACACGCGGACUACCAAAAUGGACCAGCACUGGAAGCCCAUGCACCUACUGUGCCAGCCCUGCGCCGUGCAAUACGAUUUCGUCGGCUCCUUCGAGCAGCUUAGCGAGGACGCCAAUUACGUCCUGGGCAAGAUCAAGGGUGACACCGGGGCUUACUUUCCCCCGCGCCAGGGGUGGUACAACCCCACCACCCAGGAAAAAGUGGAGGCGCUCAUCGGCGCGGUGAACCCCAUCUACAUCCAGCAGUACGUGGACAAGUACAUCCUGGAUUUUAUAACCUUCGGUUACGCGCCACCGAAACAGUACUACCUGAAAUACCAUCGAAACGACGAGGGGAAAGAGACGACUAGCGAGGAUGAUAUCGAUCCCAGGGUCAGCGAAGACUUGUAGCUGGGGAGUUCCUCUAUCUGUCCGUCCGUCCUGUUUUUGCGUGUAUCAUACUUUCUCUGUCUGUGACAGCCAUCGAGUUGGUACACACGCCGUGGAGAGGUUUGGUAAGCCCCCCCCCGAAAACUCAUCUGGAUUUUCAAAGUGAAGGGCAUUUGCUGCUGCCCUGGAUAACCGCGGCGUCAGCCGGAAGCCCAGAAAAACUGUCGAACCCUCACUUUGCUGUUGUUUCACUGGAAACAGUCUCCCAAAAAGAUAUUGCUGGCUGUGUCCAGGACUUGUAUCUGAUUGGAAGAGCAUAUUUCCUCUCCAUUGAACCUUCUUUGACGGUGUCAACCACCAAAAAAAAGAAAGAAAGCUCAAUUUCUCCGCCAAAGAUUAUCUUCAGACUACUUUAUUGUUUACAGACUUUUCAUUAUUUUUGGUACCUGUCCGAGUACAUGCAUUGAGCUUGUGUUAUUUGUGAAGCCAGGGGAUUAAUUAACGGCCAGAUGUUCAUGUACCUCACUGCAGGUGGUCAACUCUUGGAGUGUGGUUUAAAGAUGUGCUGAAGAUAUCAAACUGGUCUUCGCACCAUAUUCUGCACAAAGUCACAAAGCAACACAAGCCCUGUUGUUGUGUAUACAUGUACGUGUAGUUUACAGUACAACAUGUACAUGUACGUACAUGUAUUUAUUUAGUGAGACAAUGAAAUGCAUGAGAAAUGCACUUGGGAAAACGACGUGCUUUUUUGAACUGCUCCAGGGAAGUAGUCAGAGUCCGUGAGAACAAAUCCUCAGGAAAUCGCGAGGGUGUGGGGUAUUUUCACGAGGGCUAGUGCUUUGUAAGUUUCCCCCAGGGGAGGCUUUGUAGUUAAGUUGUUUCGGCUUUUAGCAUGGCUGGCCUUGAAAAUGUCCUUGGAUGCAAAGAUUCACGGAAGCGGAUUUGUUUGAAGGGACGACCAAAGAGUCUUGCACGGCGUGCUGAAUUUACCCUUUGAGCGAAAUGAACGUGCGCUUCAAGAAUGAUUCAAAAAGGGGACAGUUGUUUUAUCCACGACCGCAUUGGCAGGAUUUGUGAAGACAUUUCGUCCAGGAUCGCAUAGUCAACUCGCUUACGUUUUUCAAAGACGUGGUAUUCUCAGCGCAGAAGUUUUUUUUGUUGUUGUUUUGUUUUUUGUUUUUUAGUUUUAACUUUUCUGAUGAAUUAACAAUGGUUAAAAUGUUACCUAAAAAUUCUUUUCUAACGAAAUGAAACGUAAAUUUAUAGAAACGGGCUAAAUGGAAUAUGUAUUCCACAUGACAGAAGGUAGUAAUGUUAACCCUUCUAAUACCUAAAAGGUGUGAAUAACGAAGAUUUAUAAAGAUUUUCUUUAUGUGGGUUUAAGUAUAAUUUGGAUGUUAACCCCCUGUUUGUGCUUUAAUUAACAUAUUUUAAUACAGCUGACGCGAAUGUCGAUGCGAAGUAUCUGAUGGAGCAGCGAAUUUUCACUCUGGUAAUUCACGGAAAGUUGAAUUCACAUCAAGUUCAAUUCGAGGGACAUUGGCCCUUUCUUAUUGAGUUUUUUUUCACAUAAAAUGUGUGUCCGUUAACGGGGACUUACAGACUGCAUCUACGAAAUGUCUUAGUAUUAUUCACCCAAAUAAUUAGUAAUUUGGCGCUUGAUUAAAUAAUAUGGUCUCGUUCUGCGUCUAAAA